ACGGUGCUUUAGCCAAGGCAGGGAUGGCGGGUGACUCACUCGGGAUCCUCAAGGAGGCUGCUGCAUUUCCGUGCUCUUCCCAGAUAACAAGGAUGUGUCGGUGAUGAUGAGCGAGAUGGACGUGAACGCCAUCACGGGCACGCUGAAGCUGUACUUCCAUGAGCUGCCCGAGCCCCUCUUCACUGACGAGUUCUACCCCAACUUCGCGGAGGGCAUCGGGUCCUCACUGGUGGCCAGCGCUGUGUGUGUGACGAUGAUGACAAGCCUAAACUGCACAAGGACUCAUGUCCCGGGCGCUCCAUGUGACCACCUCCGGAGAGGUCUCUGGCUCGUUGUGACCCCAAGGAGUAACCCACCGCCUCCUGCAGCUCUUUCAGACCCAGUUGCAAAGAAGAGCUGCAUGCUCAACCUGCUGCUGUCCCUGCCGGAGGCCAACCUGCUCACCUUCCUUUUCCUUCUGGACCACCUGAAAAGGGUGGCAGAGAAGGAGGCAGUCAAUAAGAUGUCCCUGCACAACCUCACCACUGUCUUUGGCCCCACGCUGCUCUGGCCCUCCAAGAAGGAGAGCAAGCUCCCUGCCAACCCCAGCCAGCCCAUCACCAUGACCGACAGCUGGCCCUUGGAGGUCAUGUCUCAGGUCCAGGUGCUGCUGUACUUCCUGCGGCUGGAGGCCAUCCCUGCCCUGGACAGCAAGAGACAGAGUAUCCUGUUCUCCACUGAUGUCUAAAGGUCCCAGUCCAUCCCCUGGAGGCAGACAGACGGCCUGGAAAACUCUGGCUAAUCAAGGCCAUCUGUAGAGUGGGAAUCAAGAUUUUCUGAGGCAUCCUUGGGACGUCCCCAAGUGUCAGGCCAUCUGCCAAGAGACAGCGGCCCAAAGCAGAAGGACAGCUGGCCUGGGCAGAUCCUGCCCAGGUCUGAGAGCCCCAGGCUGGCCUCAGACUGUGGGUUUUUUAUGUGGCCACCCGAGGGCGCCCCAAGCCAGUGCAUCUCCGAGGCCAGGCCUGGCCCUGGGAGACAGGGUGAAGGGAGUGGUUUUUAUGAACUUAACUUACAGAGUUUAAAAGAUUUCUACUGGA